AGGUGACAUUAACAUGCCAGUUGCCUGAGAUCCUGGAUCCAUCUAUUGGGGCUAUUGAGGAUUAAAGACCCUGAAGCUGUGGCCCAAGGGACCUACAGGCCCUCCAGUCGGGUACCAGAACCAGGCCUCCCGGCACUGGCCUGAGGAUAACCUGAAGGUGCCUGUUUUGGGGGAGAGCAGUGGCUGACCCCUAAGGGCACCCACAUCCCUGUGACAGCCUUGCCAGGACCCAGGCCACCUCAACCAGCUGGUGUUACAUGGAGCCUCCAGGCGAGAAGCCAGGAGAGGCGGAUGGGCUGUGCAUCACACCCCAGAUGCUGAAGUCACGCACGGGUGAGUUUGCUCUGGAGUCCAUCCUGCUGCUGAAGCUCCAAGGCCUAGGGCUGGCAGACCUGGGCUGCUUGGGAGAGUGCCUGGGCCUCGAGUGGCUGGACCUGUCAGGCAAUGUGCUCACUCAGCUGGGCCCGCUGGCCUCCUUGCGUCAGCUGACAGUGCUCAAUGUGUCCAACAAUCGGCUGACUGGGCUGGAGCCGCUGGCUGCCUGUGAGAAUCUGCAGAGUCUCAACGCUGCGGGCAACCUGCUGGCCACCCCUAGCCAGCUACAGUGCCUGGCUGGGCUGCAGGGCCUCAAGCACCUGCGCCUCCAGGACCCUUUGGCCCGGCUCAGCAACCCCCUGUGUGCCAGCCCCUCCUACUGGGCCUCGGUCCGGGAGCUGCUGCCCGGCCUGAAAGUCAUCGAUGGGGAGCGUGUGAGUGGCCGUGGCAGUGAGCUCUACCAGCUUUGCCGAGACCUGGACAGCUCCCUGCGCCCAAGCUCCAGCCCUAGCCCCAGGGCCAUGGAGGCCCAGCCCUGGGUAGAGCCCGGUUACUGGGAGUCCUGGCCUUCCCGGAGCAGCUCAAUCCUGGAGGAGGCCUGCAGGCAGUUCCAGGACACGCUACAGGAGUGCCUUGACCUGGACUGCCAGGCCAGCGACAGCCUGGCCCAGGCUGAGCAGGCCCUUGGCCCUGAGGGCUCUGCCCCUUCCUUUGUCUUCUGAAUGUGCCCUGGUGCCUGUGAUGGCCUGACCGGUGGCCCCGAUGCCUGCACUUCUUUCCUUGCUUCUGUAUUCUGUCCUUCCCCUGACCUUGCAUGCUCAGGUAUGGGUUCAUCUGUCCCUGUCCUGAGAGGCCCCUCCCACCAGGACAGUCUCCCACCAUCCCUGCAUGUGGAGCAGGACACAGCUCUCAUGCAGCCCCUAGCAGGUUUAGGGUUCUCAUGGGCAGCUGGCACAUAUGCUGUGAGACAGGAAAGGGGUGCUGAGCCUGUGGCCAUAGCAGCUGCCUCUCCCGGCUGCCACAACCUGAGACUUGGUGCACAGUGUUACUUCCGCCUAAGGCU